AUGUUUUCCAACAAUAGUAUUAGGAAAUAUUCAUCGCCCUCACCACCCUCACCACCCUCACCACUCUCACCAUUCUCACCAAUCUCACCAUUCUUACUACUCUCACCAGUCCCAACAACAACCAACAACAGCUCCAUCAAUACAAUUCAUGAUAGCACUAACAUUAAUAGUAAUUGCUUGGCUAGCACAGAUGGUUAUGGUGUCGGUAAUUUUGGUGGUUCCAGUAUAGAUACUGGCAAUAUCAAUUUCAAUAGUGGCAAAGUUGACAGUAACAAAUAUAGUAGUAUUUUUAAUACCCGUUCUAAUGGUAAUCGUUUUGGUAAUGGUAUUUAUAAUAGUCUUUAUAAUGGUCUUUCUAAUAACAUUGGUAUUGGUAAUGAUCAUUUUAAUUUGAUUUCUAAUAAUGAAGCUGCUGAUACUGCUAGUGAUGUUGUUGAUGACAAUCUUGUCAAAUAUAGUAAUAGCAUAUAUCAUUAUCUUGUUGAUAGUGAUGAUGAUAACAAUAAUAAUAAUAACAAUAAUUAUAAUUAUGUCGAUGUCAACAACAACACAAACACAGAUAAUAAUGGCAACAAUAUUGGCAAUGGCGACAAUCGAAUUAUUUAUAAUAAUAUCAGGAAUAUGAAUUUGACCAUCAACAACAAUCAGUUCAGUGGUAGUUUCAAUGCUGGUGUCAAUGCUGGUGUCAAUGCUGGUGUCAAUGCUGGUGUCAAUGCUGGUGUCAAUGCUGGUGUCAAUGCUGGUGUCAAUGCUGAUAGCAUUGUUGUAACUCACAAUCCAGGAUGUUUUGGACCAUUUAAUAAAUCACAUCAGUUAUGUCUGUGCAAGCUAGACAAACAGAAUGACCAUUAUCUUGAAAUCAUCUUAAAAUAUAUCUACUCAUUAGCCCAGUUCAAAUCGUUUAAUGAUCCAGCAGCAUUCGUUUAUUGCAGAAAAGACAUUCAAAUCCAUCUCAAUCACAAGAUCUAUUAUUGUGCUCAAGAAUUGUCAAAUAUGUUGAGUGAGUAUGUUCAGGAGCUCUCUAACAACCCAAUAAUUCAACAAAAGCAUCGUUUUGUGGUUGAUUGCAUUCGUGACAUACACAUAUUUGAGCAAAUGAAGCUAGAGAGUUAUCGUACAAUCGGCAAGAUGUAUCAUCAAUCACUAGCACAACAUUUGAACAAGAUGUUCAAAAAUAACAAUACCAUUUUCAAAAUGUGUGCACAAGGCACAAAAAACUCAACAAGUACAUCAAGCCAACAAGAGGAACAUGCAAAUCAACAACAACAAUUCCAAAAUCAAACUCAAAAAGAACAUGAAUAUCUUCAACAGAUUCAGGCUGGAUUCGAAAAAUAUCAAAAUGAUCAAUUAUCUCAAGAAAAUCAAGGUCAACAAGAUCAAGAUCUAAACCAAAAUCAAAAAGAUCAAUAUGAAAUAUAUCAGAAUCAACAAAAUCAAGAUCAAGGUCAACAAUGUCAAGAUCUAAACCGAAAUCGCAUCCGUAAUUGCAACCGAAAUCGACGUUUCCAAAGACCUGUUAUAAUGAAAUCAAGGCCUCACAAUUUCUUGUACAAAACAGAACUAUGUGUUUCUUACCUUGAAGGAUAUCCAUGCCAAUACAUGAACACCUGCCAUUUCGCUCAUAGUCUUAACGAGCUACGUGAAGCAAGAGCAGUACCAUUAAAUUACAAAACAAAGAUAUGUGAGUUUGGAGCUGGAUGCCGUCAUAGACUCAAUGGACAUUGUUUUUACUUACAUUAA